AUGACGUCGACGUCCGAGUCCGACGCCGCGUUCGUGUUCGGGAUGGGGUUUCUCGGGCGAGAGGUCGCGCGCGCGCUCGGACGGGACGACGGCGCGAAGACGACGCGCGGGACGACGCGGAGCGCGGAGGUUGGACGCGUCAAGGAGCGCAACGUCCGCGCGUGGGACGGUGGGUUCGAUGCCGACGUCGCGGCGUGCGUUCGACGCGCGCGAGUCGUGGUGUCGUGCGUGCCGCCGGUGGAGGCGAGCGACGGAACGUGGUCGGACCCGGUGUACGACGCGUACGCGGAGACGCUGGCGAGCGCGCACCCGGAUGGGACGAAUGUGACGCGGUUUUUUGGAUACUGUAGCACGACGUCGGUGUACGGCGAUCACGGGGGGGGGUGGGUGAACGAGACGAGCGCGUGCGCGCCGGACUCGGAUAAGGCGCGCGCGCGCUUGGACGCGGAAUCGAAGUGGCGCGCGCUCGCGGCGCGCUCGAACGGCGCGCUCAAGGCUGUGAGUUUUCGCUUGGGUGGUAUUUACGGUCCAAAUAGGAGCGCGCUGGAGACGGCGAUGAGGCGAGCGGGGAAAGACGCGUCCGAGAGUGCGAGCUCGAGAGCGAGGGACGCUCGCGCGUUUACGAGUCGCGUGCACGUGCGAGACGCCGCGAACGUCAUCGCUGCGAUCGCGCGCGCGGGGGACGAGGCGAGCGAUGUGUAUAACGUCGUCGAUGAUUAUCCGGUGUCUCGACUGUCAGCUGUGAAGUUUGCGGGACAAAUCUUAGGUCUGUGUCCCGGAGACGAUCGGACGGAAUCGACGAGGGACGAGGACUCGAAGUCGUGGACGGGAGAAAAACGCGUGCGAAACGAUCUGAUCAUGCGCGAGCUCGCUCGAUUCGGUGAGCGUACGUCGUUGGAGUUUCCUUCGGUCUAUCACGGUCUUCGCGACAUCGCGGUGAGCGAGGGAAAGCUUCCGGUCGAUGAGGCUUUCGACGAAUGGUUUGCCAAAAAUUUUCCAAAACUCGCGAGCGGCGAGUACGCAGGCAUUCGGUACUUCACGUGCGAUGACGCGAGAGACGUGCCGACGGGCGAGAACGUUAUGGAGAUGCGACGAAAUCUAGGUCACGAUAGAUGGUUUUUCGAGUUCAUCCGACCGCGUUAG